GUCGGAGGCAGCCGUAUCUUCCUCUCGCCGGCUUAAAAAGAUCAAAAUUAAUUUAGGUUAAAAAGAUCAAAAAUAAUUUAGGUUUUUCGAUAAAGAGAUUAAUUUGGGUAAGUCUAAGUAAAAUAUUGGCUUUAUUAUUUACUCCCUCGGUUCCAAAAUAAUUGAAGUUAUACGUUUGACCUAACUCAAAUUUGGUUGAGUUUGAACAAAUUUAUAAAAAAGUACAUUAACAUCUAGAACAUCAAUACAAAAAAUAUUUCAUACUGUGUGUAUUUGAUAUUUGAUAUUUUAGCAUAUACUUUUUAAUAAAUUUGAUCAAACAUACAACAAAUUUAAAACUUGAAUUGUUUUGAAAUAGAGGUAGCAUGAAGAAAAUUAUACCAGAAACGCCCGAUUUUGUUUUUUGGGUCCAGCAGCCCACUUCGCUUUUUUUUUUCCACGGGAAGCAGCGGCGGUUGGUUCGAGUCGAGCACGGUCGGACUCGAAGGAACAGCUGGCGUCGAACCCAAACCUGGCUGCAUCGGUCGGUCGGUCCCGUAUAGUCGGUACGGCGUAUACGUAGCUAGCACGCUACGGUAUACGUACCGUACCGUAGUCGGACCCGAUACGGCGUAUAAUACCUAGCGUCGACGCCCAAACUCGGCAAAUCCAAAGCUCGCAAUCAAUCGCAAAAGUUUUCGCGCGAACUCCAAUCUCCUGCUCUCCGCUCCAAUCGCCCGCCGCCAUGGCUCAUCAUCGACGCCGCAGCUGCCUGCGCCGUGUCCUCACCAUCGCCGGCGGUGUGUCAGCCGGCCUCCUCCUGCUCGCCGGCGGCCAUACCUACGGCCACGGCCAGCUCUUGUCGCCGUCCUUGCUGCCCCUCGGCCUCGGCGCCGACUGCUCGCCGUCCUUCGCCCCGCCCCCCUUCGCCCCGCCGCCCUCCGCCCUCUCGCCGCUGCCGCCCUACCUCCUGUCGGACUUGGAGGCCGACGCCUCGCCCCCGCAGCCGGAAGCCAACCUCCCGCGGCGCCUUCUGCCCAUCCACCGAUCGCCGCCCUGCCUCCCCUCGAACUCGGAAUCGGGGGCCGACCGCUCGCCGCCGCAGCACGACGACGCUGAUGCCGUCUUGCUCCCGGACUGGGAGGUCCUUCUCUUGGCUGACGCCGAGCUUGGCGGCGGCGCGGGCAAUGGGAAGGCGACGUGCGCCUUCCAGGGUGGGGCGUCAUCCCCGGCGAGCGCGCUCGGGAGGCUGCCGGGGUCGGCCCGCCACGGCUACGUCUGCCCAAUGCCCGAGCCUGUCCGGAGCCUCCAGCCGCUCCAAGCGCCAUUGCUGCUCCCCACCUCCGCUGCCUCUGCUGAUUGCCCUGGCCGCACGUCGUUGCUGAAUUGGAGCGGCCCGAUCGCCUUCAGCUCUGCAACUCUCGACAGUGGCGAUGUCCUUAUCUUUGCAAAGGGCGUCAACCAUGCCGCUGGCGGAGUCCGGUGCAUCUAUCGCCACUGCGGCGACGCCCAUGGCCAUGGCGUGGUGGCCUCCUUCCCGGCCAUCACGUCCGUACAGCAGGUUACCCGGUGCCCUGCUCCACCGAUGCAUCUCAACUCCAGGAACGCAGAGUUGCGUGUCACGGUGGCAGCCACCGGCGAAGAUCCCAUCCCCUCAAUUGCAACUUAUCGCCCACAGCAGAGUCAGAGUGGCUUGGUGGUGACACCGGCCCGAAAGAAGUUGAUUUGCGCUUGCACUAUGGUCCACAAUGUGUCCAAGUUUCUUCGCGAGUGGGUGCUGUACCAUGCCGCUGUCGGGGUGGAGCACUUCUUCCUGUAUGACAAUGGAAGUCAAGAUGACUUCGCAGAUCAAGUCGCUCAGUUGAGGUCAGCCGGAAUCAGCAUCACUACUGUGCCUUGGCCGUGGAUCAAAAUGCAGGAAGCUGGCUUCUCCCAUUCUGCUGCAAUGCACCAGAGUUCUUGCAAGUGGAUGGCAUUCAUAGAUGUCGAUGAAUUCAUUUUUUCGCCAAACUGGAAAGGAUCCGAGAAACCGUCAAAAUCAAUGCUUGAAGCGCUUCUUCCCGUUGAUCCAGACGUCGGGCAGGUGUAUCUGUGGUGCUUUGAUUUUGCUCCCUCUGGCCAAACAUCACACCCACAGGAGGGUGUCAUCCAAGGAUACACAUGCCGUCGAAAGAUUAUUCUGCGGCACAAAUCGCUCGUUCUUCUUGCUGCGGUGAACCAUUCUUUGGAGAAUGCAAUACACCAUUUCACGCUCAAGGAUGGUUUUAGAAGCAUACGGAACUUGCAGGCGCGGGUCAACCAUUAUAAAUACCAGGCAUGGAGUGAGUUCAAGCAUAAGUUCAAACGGCGAGUGUCCGCCUACGUGGCUGACUGGAGAGAUCCGAUCAACCUUCAGUCCGCUGAUCGGGCCCCCGGCUUAGGACUUGACGGAGUUGAACCGGUUGAUUGGGCGCAAAGGUAUUGCGACGUCAAGGACAAUCUGCUUCAGCAGUUGAGCGCAAGAUGGUUUGGUAAUGGAUUGGCAACUCUGGGAUCUCAGGAUACUUAGGCUCGACUGUAUCUAUAACCUGCGGUUUUCUAGAAGGAUCUAAAGGCAUUAGAGACGGAAUUGUAAUCUAGUUUAGACUUGUGUCCUUGCCGGCCAAGGUCUAUCUAGAAAACCAAUCUGUACAUCGCUUGCCAUGUUAGGCACCAAUAAAUAAACAUCACGCGGCCUCCAAUGGAGGUAGAGACGCUUCCACAAUUCUCACAUGGUAUCACGAGCCAUCUUCCUCUUUUAGCAAUUCAUCUAGAUUGAUCUGAUCAUGCCGAGCUCUUC